CUACUCUGUUAUAAGUCAACUACAACUUUGUUUUGAUAAUAAGUUUUAGUCAUUUUUCCGACCUGCUCUGCCUUAGAACAAAUUUUGUCGUCAAUUAAUGUCGUAGAGGCUAACUAAAUAGAAACAAAUUAAAUACAUAAUGGCAAACACGAAUAAUGUAGCCUCCGGCUGGCUGCAAAUCCAAAGCCUUUUGAAUACCAUUAACCAUAUACUAAUAUUUUUAGUUGCGGUAUUCUUUUUCGUCCUGGCACGUAGCUUGGAAUUCAAGGACACUGCUAUGCAUAUGUUCUUAACCGGUAUAGGAUUCCAUGUGCUAAUGGCCGAGGCUUUGAUGUCUCAUUAUAAAGUGAAUCCUAUAACUCGUUCGCUUUCCCAUCGCAACAAAUCUCGCCUACAUGGCAUAUUGCAAAUUGUUGGUGGCUCAAUGAUUUUAUUGGGAGCCAUGGGUAAAUUCGCUAACAAGGAUGUCCAUUGGAACACUUGGCAUGGUCGUAUUGGAACGGGUGCUUCUUUUGGCUGUGCUGCAAGUAUUGUGGGUGGUUUGGUUACAUAUUUUCAACCCAAAGUGGUUUUAAAUAAGUUCCCGCCAUCAGAAUUGAAGUAUCGUCAUAAUCUUUUUGGUUUGGCUAAUUUUACCCAAGGCAUGGCUGCCAUAUUUUUAAGUUACUAUUCUAAAUUCUUUUUGAAAUUUGUUGAUCAUCAAUUCAUACCAGCAAUGAUGUUAACUACUGUCUUAGUUUAUCUGCUGACAAUUAUAAGCCCAGUGAGCUCACUCUUGGCUAAGUAUAAAUAUAGACAACAAAAGAAACAACAGGAGAAGGUAAAAUAGGAGUUCCUAGCUGAAAAUAAAAUUUAAUUUGCACAACAA